AUGACAUGCCAGCUCGUCGAAGAUGAGUCCCGCGACGAGCUGCGUCGCAAGUUGGCACGUAGAGUAGCAGCCGCCCAAGCCGGUACUACUACAGGGCAUUCGGCAGCUCACCGAAGAGGGACUCAACCUUCGAAAUCAGGCCUGUUCAGAUCGGCCGUCCGGAGGAAGUGUUUCGAUGCCCAAAUUCGACUAUCCACAGGGGGUGAUCUCUCACUGGCCGGAUACUACUAUCGAGAGAGAGAGUACUCGCGAUCAGGCCUCACCGGUCAUCGAAAGGGCUUAUUCUCCAUGGCCGACAUUGUCCCGGCCUCGACCAUGGAGUGUUCUCAAGGACCAGCCGCGGGCGGGCAGUGA